UGAAAGUGUUCCUCUUAGAGGAGAAUGAGGCGUAGGGAGCAUCGUUGUCAUUCCCGUUUCCUGUCUUCAUGAUUGUUGAUGAAGAGCGAGCAGUGAAACACAGGGGGCUGGAAAGCGACACUCCAUGCGUCAUGGCCCGGGAUAAAAAGGAUAGAGAUAGCUGGGGGUCUUUUGUGGACAAGCAUGUAUUUGAGUGGAGUUCUGAGGAAGAGGAGCCGGACGGUAAGGCUCGGCCAGUGCAAGUUUUGGUAGUGAAGGAUGAUCACACAUUCGAGCUGGAUGAAGCAGCGCUGAAUCGUAUCCUUCUAGCCAAAGACCUCAGAGACAGAGAGAUAGUUGCGAUAUCUGUUGCUGGAGCUUUCCGGAAGGGGAAGUCCUUCCUUAUGGACUUCAUGCUACGCUACAUGUAUAACCAGGCAAGUGAAGACUGGGUGGGAGAUCCUGCUCAGCCUUUGACAGGAUUCUCAUGGAGAGGAGGCUCUGAGAGAGAGACCACAGGCAUCCAGAUCUGGAGUGAAGUCUUCCUAGUGGACAAACCAGAUGGAAACAAGGUGGCAGUGCUGCUGAUGGACACACAGGGAACGUUUGACAGCCAGUCCACAUUGAGAGACUCAGCUACUGUAUUCGCCCUCAGUACCAUGAUCAGCUCCAUGCAGGUGUAUAACAUAUCACAGAACGUCCAGGAGGAUGACUUGCAGCACUUGCAGCUCUUUACAGAAUAUGGUAGACUGGCCAUGGAGGAAACAUUCCUUAAACCAUUCCAGUCAAUGAUUUUCCUAGUGAGAGAUUGGAGUUUUCCGUACGAGUUUCCCUAUGGACUAGAGGGAGGGAUGAAGUUCCUGGAGAAAAGACUAAAGAUUUCAGAGAACCAGCAUGAAGAGCUGCAGAAUGUGAGAAAGCACAUUCACUCCUGCUUUACCAACAUCUCCUGCUUCCUCAUGCCACACCCAGGCCUCAAAGUCGCAACUAACCCCCUCUUUGAUGGCAGACUCAAGGAGAUUGAUUCUGAGUUCAUCAGUAACCUGAAGGUGCUGGUGCCAUGGCUACUGAGCCCUAAAAACCUGGACGUUAAAGAAAUCAAUGGCAGCAAGAUUACCUGCAGAGGCCUGUUGGAAUAUUUUAAGGCAUAUAUAAAGAUUUAUCAAGGGGAAGAGUUGCCUCACCCAAAGUCCAUGCUACAGGCCACUGCAGAGGCGAAUAACCUGGCAGCUGUAGCUGCAGCUAAAGACCUGUAUAACCGAAAGAUGGAGGAGGUAAGUGGGGGUGACCGGCCCUUUCUGGCCCCGAGUGAGCUGCAGGCUCGUCAUGCAGUGAUCCGUGAUGAAGCCCUAGCUGUGUUUCGUGGUGUGAAGAAGAUGGGUGGUGAGGAGUUCAGUCGGCGCUACCUGCUGCAGCUGGAGGCAGAGAUCGAUGAGCUCUUUGUGCAGUAUAUCAAGCACAACGAUUCAAAGAACAUCUUCCAUGCAGCACGGACGCCCGCCACACUCUUUGUGGUCAUCUUCAUUAUGUAUGUGGCGGCGGGCAUCACAGGCUUCGUGGGUGUGGAUGUGAUCGCCAGUGUGUGCAACAUGGUCCUGGGUUUCGCUCUCAUUACGCUCUGUACCUGGGCCUACAUCCGCUACUCCGGCGAGUACAGAGAGCUUGGAGCCCUCAUAGACCAGGUAGCUGGAGCGCUGUGGGACCAGGGAAGCACUAAUGAGGCUCUGUAUAAAUUGUAUAACGUGGCUGCCAAUCAUAGGCAGCUAUACAACCACGCUUUCCCCAGACACCAAACCGAGCAACACCCCGAACAGGAUAAGAAGAGAAACUGAGCACACACACAUACACAUUACGCGUGCACACACACACAGACCCAAAUGUACAUCCACUCUGUCGAAGAGAUGCUCCAGCCAUAGCACACUUGAGCUUUUUGGAUCAUGUAUGAGACAUCAUGGCCAGAGAGAAAGAGAAAUCAAGAGAAAUAGAAAAUGCAACAAGUUCAAAUUAUUGCUGAAUAAGAAACAAAGGUCAGAUUCAGUUGCCAUAGCUCAUAGAAGUCCAGUCUAAUGUAUAAUAGCUGCUGGAAUUUAGUAAUGGAAAUUGGAAUCCCAAGAUCUAGAUCAAACUCAGCCUGGAUUUUCCACCAACAAGAUGUUGGUACUACUUCAGGGAACCAAUUAACAAACCACUCCCCUUUUCCACGGAGUUCAAAGCCGAACCCUUACAUAAUCAGUGCACAUCUUACCACCCAAAGUAAAAUUUAUUAUAUGCAAAAUUGCUAUUAUAAGUUACCUUCUUUUACUAUAAGGUAUAAAAUUGUUUCACACCACCAAUAUGUUGUCAGAUGCAUUUGCAACAGGAUAUACAUAUGUGGCACUUAUUCACAUUAAUAAACAUUAAUAGAGUUUCUCCUAUCCAGUUUGUUGCGACUGUAAAUAUCAUGCUUGCUUGUCAUGUUUUGCAAAUUCUUAGAACUAUAUUUUGUUUUUAGAGCUGUAAUCAUUUUUUUCCAUUUGAGAAUCACAACUUUUGCAGUGGAAAUGCAGUGUUUUUCAGAUUAGGCACUGGUAUCUUGUUGGUGGAAGAAGGCUAUGAAAUGACUGCUAUUGCAUCUAAGCAAACUGUGCAUGUGGAUAGUCUUACUUGUCUAGUGCUGUUUUGUUUUAUGUUGUCCAAAAUAGAUUAAAUCACUUGGUUUAGAAAAAUGCAAAUUUGCCUGGAUUUCUAAGUGACCUGGAUUAGGAAAUAAUGUCUACUAUCUGCUGGAUAUUAGGUUAAAAGUGCAGAGGGAAAGAAGAUUUCCUUUUCUAACCACAUCCACAUCAAAUCGAUCUGAUUUUACUGCAUUAAAGCAGUAUGAUUUGCUUUAACCAUCUUUUAAGAAUGAUUUAUCAUUUUCAAUGAAGUCUAGUUUUUCUUUGAGUUCCCAUUGAUAGUUGGUCUCUUACAAUAUUACAUCUUAGCUAUGACUGAUAGUGUGAUACUAGAAGCUAUAAGCUUUAUUCUGGUCUGGUUCACAAUAAUUUACAAUCAUGCCUGCUUCUGAAGGAAUUCUUAACAAAUCUUGCCUAGUCCCACAGUUUAUAUUUUAUAUAUAUAUAUAUAUAUAUAUAUAUAUA